AUGGCUUCUGUUGGAGCCGCUGUGGUGGUGCCAAUUCUUGUAAUUUGCGCUCUGCUUCUGCUGCUGAUUCUGGCAGUGAUAUUCUACUACUUCUACCACACCCGCUUCCGCAAUGUGAAUACGAAGUACUACAUGUAUCCAGGCUUUGCACGCCGCCGCAAAUUUGAGUUAUCAUGUAUUCCCGCACCUGGUUUAUACCAGCCUCCGCUGGAGGUGAGGUUGCAGUGCUCCCAGCAGGAGCCGUGUGACAUCCUCUUGGACGUAAAUUACGUGCCGGCGAGUAAGAUAUCAACAAUGGAUGAUACGACUGCGGAUGCUGUAAGACUUCUUGGCACGGAUGAUUGCUACAGUGAUCACUUUAUGCUUUACACCGAACCGCUGGAAUUCAUAGAAGCCGGUAGGUACAUGCUAUAUGCUUACACUGUCUACCCCACACUACGUGUUGUGGGGUCUGUACAUCAAUUCUGCUUUGAUAUUGUGAGUGUGAACCGGGAUACUAGGUCUGGGGAGAUGCAGCAACCACCCCACGUUAGUAUCAAUGUAAAUCGUGACAGCCGAAGACAUGUAUCGAUGUCUGCUGUGGGGAACCGCGCACGACCAAUCCCACCUCGCAUCAUCCCAGAGAAGGGGGAGGUGACAACCUUCACCCCCAUCAACAUUGCCCUUAGUGAAAGCAGCACAACGCCAGAUCAGAUACGGUACAGUGUGGACGGCUCUCCCCCGUCGUUGCUUUAUACAGGACCCUUCACCCUUUCUCUUCCACCCUUCAACACGGAUGGCGGGAGCUCACGAAUACCGGUGGUGAUACGGGCGCUCACCGUCUCGACUCAAGACGGGCUGCUAACGAGUGAGACCACAGAAGCUCACCUCACUGUGUACAAAGCGGGUCAUUCCUUUUUUGAUCCGAAUAUACCGCCGCCCGUAGCCCGCGUCCGCGCCUUGGAGGCGGAGUUGUACUUUGAUGAAUCCAGACGACCGCCAAACACCAGCAUCAUCUAUCAAAUCGUGUAUGUGGGGGAGGCCAGGCAGAAGCCUAAGUUUUCCCACAGGAAGGGCAUUCUCUACGAAGGAAAGCCGGUACCAUUGAAGGAGGAUGUGGCGUUUGUGUACGCGUGGACAUUUAGGGAAGACACGCAUGGCGGCCAGUGCAUAGAGCCCCAUAUGGAUGAGAGAGGUCAUGGGAAGGCACGUAGCUCGGCUGCCGUGUAUGACUGCAAUCUUGCCAUGACGUGGAACCGAGAACCACGUGGGGAGGAUGUCGGAGGAAGGGGAAACGCACUUCCCCCACCAUGUAUAUGCAUCCGAUGCAAAGAAAUGGAUGUGUUCUUUGAAGAUCCUCCUGUGGGUGGUAUUAUUUGCUACACACUGGAUGGUACAGAGCCUGCGCAGCCAGAUUCCACCAUUACUGCAAAACAUCUGGCAGGGAUUGGCCGGAACGACACGGUACUUCUGCCCAGAGAUCACGAAAAAAUUUUAGAGUUGGGCACGCAUGUUUACAGGGAGAAUCAGCCUAUUCAUGUGACGCUGAUGAGGACGGAGCAGGUGGUUUUGACGGCUCGCACAUUUAUUCCGGUCGUAGACCUCGCGGCCAAUUCUGCCGUGACAGGGUACCGCUUUGGAGAGUGCUUUAAUCGUAGUUUUUCCACACUGUAG